AUGGAUCAGCUCCUAUCAAUUCUAAAGGAGACGCCUCCUCACACCCUACUGGCAGCCUUCAUAGGACUAAUCAUAUUCGCUUUCUAUGCUCUCUACGCCGUCCUCCACCUCAUAGCACCCAAACCCCGCGCCGUCCUCCCCUCCGAAAAGACCUAUACAUCUACAACCCCAACCGGCACCGAGCGCCGCCAACUCCCAUGCUGGCACGACCGAUGGCUAGCCGACCGUCACGCAAGCGAAAUCCGCACCCUUAACGACGACCCCACACAACCCUCCAUCGCCGACACCGGGUCCAUCGAGCCUGCCGAAGUGCGCAUGAGCGUCGUAUUCCCGGCCUACAACGAAGAAGACCGGAUCCUUCCCACCUUAAAAGAAGCAGUCGAAUACCUCGAUGCGACGUACGGCCGUUCCCCACGCUCGAACCCGAAGACACGUACCGCGGGAGGUUCUACUCGUCGGCACGUUAAGAACGCGCCUAGGGAGGAUGUGGCUGGGUAUGAGAUCCUGAUUGUGAAUGAUGGGAGUAAGGAUAAGACGGUACAAGUUGCGCUGGAUUUCGCGCGAGAGCAGGGUUUGCAUGAUAUUCUCCGCGUUGUUACGCUCGAGCAUAAUCGUGGGAAGGGUGGUGGUGUGACGCAUGGUUUGCGCCAUGUACGUGGGGAGUACGCACUUUUUGCAGACGCGGACGGCGCCUCGCGAUUCAGCGACUUGGGCAAGUUGGUUGAGGGAUGCGAGGAAGUCGUUGAUGGCGGAGGACGUGGUGUGGCGAUUGGUAGUCGGGGACAUCUUGUGGGCAGUGAGGCCGUAGUCAAGCGCUCGGCUCUGCGCAAUUUCCUUAUGCGCUCUUUUCACCUCGUCCUCAUGAUCUUGACGCCCCCCGCUACUUCACGUAUUCGCGACACCCAAUGCGGAUUCAAACUCUUCUCACGCUCUGCUCUACCGCACAUCGUCCCAUAUAUGCAUGCCGAGGGUUGGAUCUUCGAUAUCGAGAUGCUUAUGCUGGCCGAGUCGGCCCCCGCUGUGCCGGUCCUUGGUCAUGAUGGCGCAAUUAUUGGCAGUAGCCCUGGUAUCAAGGUCGCCGAGGUGCCUAUUGAUUGGCACGAGGUCGGUGGGAGCAAGUUGAAUGUUAUUCAAGACAGUAUUAAGAUGGCCGUUGGUCUAGCGGUCUUACGUGCUAGCUGGAUGAUGGGUGUAUACCGCAGACGAUUGACAUGA